AUGUCACUGGAGGCGCUGCCCUUGCUGUUGCUCCUGGUCUGGUGGGACUCAACAGCCCCUUUGAAUGCUCAGUGUGGUCAACAUUCAGAAUAUAGAACACCAAACUGUGAUCAGUACAAAUUACCAGGAUGUCCCAGAGACUUUAACCCCAUGUGUGGAAGCGACAUGUCCACUUAUCCCAAUGAGUAUACUCUGUGCAUGAAAAUCAGAGAAGAAAAAGAAAUAAAAGGA